AAUUACUGUUUACACUUAAUUACAACAUAGAUAUCAUCAUUCUGUUCUGCUAUUCUGUGUAGAAAACAUUCUAAAAUAUAAAUAAGUACAACGAAAAUCUUAGUUUUGAUUAUCUGUAAAACUUUUCGUGAGAAAAAUCGCUUCGGAAAAUGGAUUAAUUUGGUGAAUUUAUUAACGAUCAAACUUCAUUUAUCUACAUUGGGAAUAAUCUAAUCAUGACCUGCUUCGACCUUCCCUGUCCGGGGUUCAGCGGCGGAGUGGCCGGGGUGACCUUUGCUAAUGCCCUGCAACAAAUCUUUGCAGCCCAGUGCCUGGUGACUGAGAACUGGCCAGCUGAUAGUCUCCACAGGGUUAAAGAUGGAGACAGUUUCGACUUCAUCGUGGUGGGGUCAGGCACUGCUGGGUCUAUCGUCGCCAACAGGCUGACCCAGGUUCAGGAUUGGAAGGUACUUCUCAUCGAAGCUGGAGAUGACCCGCCCAUUGAGGCUAUUAUACCUAACUUCUCUGGCGCAACCCACCAUUCUGAUCAAGUGUGGCAAUAUUAUACAGAACUGGAUGAGAAUACGAACAGGGGCUGUCGCAAUGGUAGAUCAUUCUGGCCUCGAGGACGAAUGAUAGGAGGGACUGGUUCCAUUAAUGGUAUGCUACACAUGACUGGAGUUCCAGGCGAUUAUGAACCGUGGCAUUUAGAAGAAGAUGAUGGUUGGGAUUGGGAUUCAGUUAAGAAAUAUCUGAAAAAAAGUGAAAAAAUUCUGGAUCCUUUUAUCCUUAACAAUCCAGAAUUACUUCAGUUUUAUGGCACUGAUGGAGAGUUUAUCGUUGAGCAACUGAACUAUACUAAUACGGAAAUCGUUGACAUACUAGUUCAGGGCUAUACGGAUAUGGGUAUUAACUUUAUAGACAAUUUCAAUGGCUUGAGUCUCAUGGGAGUCGGUAAGGUCAGAGGUGGACACCACAAAGGUCAUAGGGUCAGUACUGCUACUGCAUUUUUAAACCCUAUCAGUGGUCGCGCGAAUUUGUAUGUAUUGAAAAAUACUUUUGCAAACAAAGUUGUUAUUGAAGACAAGAAGGCAAAAGGAGUUCAAGUUACUUUGAGUAAUGGCAAAGAAGCAACAUUUAUUGCUACAAAGGAGGUAAUUGUAAGUGGAGGAACAGUUAAUACUCCUGCUUUGCUUAUGUUGUCUGGUAUUGGCCCGAAAGAACAUUUAGAAGAAUUAGGUAUUGAAGUAUUAUCUAAUUUAAGAGUUGGAGAAAAUCUAUUAGACCAUGUCAGAAUACCAUUUGCAGUCACCAUUAAUACAGGUGCUGGUCCCAAAUCAGAUGAAUACUGGUCCAAAGCUGUUGUGGAAUAUUUAAUGGACAAAACUGGUCCACAUUCUUUCAAUUACAAUCAACCUAAUGUAAAUACUUUCUUAGCAGCAGAUCCGUCUAAAAAGAUGCCUGAUGUCCAAAUUGAUCAUAAUUAUUUCGUCCCUAAUACCUCAUAUCUCUAUGAAACGUGUUCAGAAAUCAUGAAUUAUCAAGAUGUUAUUUGCAAGCAAAUAGAUGAGUUCAACCAAAAAGAGUUAAUCAUAUUUUUCGUGUCGUUGUGCAGGCCGUAUUCAACUGGUAAAAUUCUGUUACGGAGCAGGAACCCUCGUGACUUUCCGAAGAUUUACUCUAAGUAUUUUUCUGAUACACGUGACGUAGAUACAUACCUCAAAGCUUUGAAAAGGGUCACAGAAAUCGUCGUAACUCCAACUUUCCAAGCGAUAAAUGCUGAAUUAAAACGGAUUAAUUAUGAUGAUUGUGACGAAUUCAAAUUUUCCAGUGACGAUUACUGGAUAUGUAUGAUGAGAACGAUGACUUACAACGUGUAUCAUCCAGCUGGUACUGCUAAAAUGGGAAAGAGAGAUGAUCCUACAGCAGUUGUUGAUAGCAGACUUCGAGUAUUCGGUAUUGAAGGUCUGAGAGUUGUAGACGCUAGUGUGAUGCCAACAUUGCCCAGUGUGAAUAUCAAUGCUCCGGUUAUGAUGAUCGCCGAGAGAGCCUCUGAUUUUAUCAAAGAAGACCACGGUUUCUUCAACUCAAAGGAUGAAUUAUGAGAACAGUACCACUUAAUGUGAUAGUUUGUAAAAAUAUAAUUUUAAUAAAGGAUCAGUCACUUUUAAA